AUGGCACCCUCAGGCUAUUCUUGGGCCAAACCAGGUCCCUCAAGAGCUGCUCGGAAAGUGCCAAGCUUCACUGCGCCGAACCCAGCCUUCGUCACUAUUCUUGUCGGAAAAGAGGAGUCCAAAUUCGUAGUCCACAGAGACCUCAUGUUUCAUUAUUCGACCUUUUUCAAAACUGCGUUCGAAGGUCCAUUCGUCGAGCAUGAAACGCAAACUAUGCGACUGGAGCACGUUGAGUCUAGGUUGUUUGGGGUAUUGAUACAUUGGCUGUAUACGAAAGAGAUCAAAUACGAAGACGAUAUCCUUUCAAGCAGCAUGCCAAUGCAGGGGGUUUCACUUGCACCAAUUUCCAACUCUAAUGGGAAGAGAGUAAAGAAAGAGCUUCUGAUGGCAAUGCUCUGGAUGCUUGCUAAAACCUGCAAUGUCUACGAGUUACAAAAUGAGGUUAUGGGACUUCUUUACACACUUGUGAAAGUCCUCACUCUGGAAAAUAUCACGCCGCUGAUUUGCUACGCAUAUAAAGAUGGAGAACCGACAGCACUCAAACGACUACUCAUUCAAGCUGUGGCCUUGUCUCCGGAUUCAGCCAAGUUUUUACAAUGGGUGGAUAACGCAACUGAAGAAGUCACUAAAGAUCUUGCGAAAGAACUCUCGAAAAUGCUUGGAGACAGAGCCGAUCUUUCGAUCGGACGAGUACAGGAUUUCUGGGUAGAGGUGCCUUGA